CACUACGUUCGAAGGUUUGUCUUGCUGUCCGGCAGUUGUCCCACAUUUUGGGUUACUGAAGCGGGGAACGACCAGUGAACAACAGAGCUGAUCCAGACAUGUCCGACUUCUCGGAAGACCAGAUAAUUGAAUUCAAGGAGGCAUUCCUGCUGUUUGACCGCACAGGCGAUGGGAAGAUCAGCUACAGCCAGUGUGGGGACGUGAUGCGUGCCCUGGGCCAGAACCCCGUCAAUGCGGAAGUGCUGAAGGUCCUGGGUAACCCCAAAGCUGAAGAGAUGAACUACAAGAUGCUCGACUUUGAGCAGUUCCUACCCAUGCUGCAGGCCAUUGCCAAGAACAAGGACCAGGGCUCAUUUGAGGACUUCGUGGAGGGCCUGCGCGUCUUUGACAAGGAGGGCAACGGCACAGUCAUGGGUGCGGAGCUGCGUCAUGUCCUCACUACUCUGGGGGAGAAGAUGACGGAAGAGGAGGUAGAAACACUUUUGGCAGGACAUGAGGACGCCAACGGUUGUAUCAAUUAUGAAGAACUCGUCCGGAUGGUCAUGAAUGGCUGAAGAUUAAGAAUCUGCCAGGAUGAUUUUUUUAAUUUAAUAUUUGUGCUUUAUUUUAUACAAUUUUGUCCCCCCCCAUCUCAGUAGCAUCUUUCAUUUCUCUGUUCAGGGUUUCCUAUUCUUUUUAGAAGUGCCUUUAUCUGUCUGUGCAGAAACCCUAGCUGACGACCCCAUUUCAGUCGUUAAAGCAUGUAAAGGAAGUUUAUCCACAGACAAAAUCUGCAACAGAGUUGCAACAGAUCCACACCACGUUACACUAGUGCAGGCAACAUACUCAUGGUACAUAGUGGGUGUCAGAUGAGCAAUCCUGUGUCAUAACUGUCAUAAGAGAAGAUUUUGGUGACUGGCUGAGGCUAUCUUUGACUUGGACCACACCUUUCCCCUCAGAUUUGUAGUUUCAUUUUCUGGUAAGAUUGAUCUGAAUUACUGUGUACUUUGCCAUCAUGAAUUGAAAGUAUGGUUUGUUUCUUUUUUUCCAGUUUUACUCCUGUAUGCGUUACAUUGUCAAAAUAAAAUGAAUUUC